AUGGAGAAGGCGCGCGCAUUAGAGGAACAGUGGCCCGGAGCGCGCGACGCGUUCCACGUGCCGAGCUACGCGUCAUUGGGUCUGGGUGAUCAGACAGCCGCUGUGCGUUACCUAUGCGGGCACUCGCUCGGGUGUAUGCCGCGCAAGACGCGCGGGUCGGUGGAGGCGGAGCUAUCAGCGUGGUCCGCCCGCGCUGUGGAGGCGCAUGUCCGGCACCCCGGCGGAACAGAAUGGGUCAACACCGACUUACCGCUGGUGCCGCAAAUGGCGCGCAUGGUGGGCGCGAGCCAACAGGAGGUAGCGGUUAUGGGUAGCCUGACGGCCAACCUGAACGCGCUACUGGUUGCGUUCUACCGGCCACGCGGGCGGCGGACGAAGAUCCUGCUGGAGAAGCAGGUGUUCCCAUCCGACUUCCAUGCCUUCUGGAACCAAGCCGCGCUGCAUGGGCUCGACCCCGCAGCUACACUGGUGCAGGUGGCACCGCGCGCGGGCGAGCACACGCUGCGCACGGAAGACAUCGUGGCGGCGAUCGAGACGCACCGUGCGGAGCUCGCGCUGGUGUGCCUGCCGGGCGUGCAGUACUAUACAGGACAGCUUUUAGAUAUGGCGUCGAUUGUAGCGGCUGCGCGGCGCGAGCCUAGCAUUGUGGUCGGCUUCGACCUAGCACAUGCCGUCGGGAACGUGCAGCUGCAGCUGCACGAGUGGGGCGCAGACUUUGCCUGUUGGUGCUCGUAUAAGUAUCUCAAUGCAGGGCCAGGUGGUAUUGCGGGACUUUUUGUGCACGAGCGCCACCACGGCGGCACGCUUCCGCGGCUGGCGGGCUGGUGGGGCACGAACGCGGCAACGCGUUUCGAGAUGCGCCAGACGUACGACCCGCUGCCUGAUGCGCUCGGGUUCCGCCAGUCAAACCCCAGUGUGCUGGAUGUGGCGGCGCUACGCGCGUCGCUGGAAGUGUUCGAGGACUUUGGCGGCAUGGAGCGCGUACGCGCGCGGUCGCUUGCCUUGACCGGGUACCUGUACGAGCUGCUGACGCAGUCGGUGUUCUAUCGUCCGGAAGUAGGCGCCGAUGGGGUUGGCUUUACCAUCCUGACGCCGGCGAACCCUGCGGAGCGUGGCGCGCAGCUCUCGCUGCUGUUUUGGCCGCACUCUGACGACCCGGAUAAGAAUACUAUGCCGCGCGUGUUUGCAGACUUGCGGCAGAACGGAGUGCUGGGUGACGAAAGGCAUCCGGACGUGAUCCGCCUAACUCCUUGUGCUCUGUACAACACCUUCAUGGAGGUUUUUGAGUCCGUUCAGCUGCUCAACGCGGCACUAGAGCGUCUGGCUCCGGAGAGCGCGGUGUGA